CGCUACUAAAGCUUGUGCGGUGCAGGCAGAGCUCAUACGCUCCUCAGGGAAGCGGGCGAACACACGCGCACACGUACAGGCACGCUCACGCGCUCACACAUACACACACAGACCCGCAGACUCACGCAGAACCACCCCGUAUCCGAGGCCGCUCCGCCCGCCGCGCACUGAGAACAUGCCCGCCACAGAGAAGGACCUGGCGGAGGACGCGCCCUGGAAGAAGAUCCAGCAGAACACGUUCACGCGCUGGUGCAACGAGCACCUGAAGUGCGUGAAUAAGCGGAUAGCGGACCUGCAGCUCGACCUGAGCGACGGGCUGCGGCUCAUCGCGCUGCUGGAGAUCCUCAGCCAGAAGAAGAUGUACAGAAAGUUCCACCAGCGGCCCACCUUCCGCCAGAUGAAGCUGGAGAACGUGUCCGUGGCUCUGGAGUUCCUGGACCGCGAGAACAUUCGCCUCGUCUCUAUAGACAGUAAAGCAAUUGUGGACGGCAACCUGAAGCUGAUCCUGGGGAUGGUAUGGACCCUCAUCCUGCAUUACUCCAUCUCCAUGCCCGUGUGGGAGGGUGAGGAGGACGAUGAAGCCAAAAAGGCCACCCCCAAGCAGAGGCUGCUGGGCUGGAUCCAGCACAAAGUUCCCGACCUUCCCAUCACCAACUUCAGCCAGGACUGGAAGGACGGCAAGGCACUGGGAGCGCUGGUGGACAGCUGUGCUCCAGGUUUGUGUCCUGACUGGGAGACCUGGGACACAGAGAAACCAGUGGAAAAUGCUACAGAGGCCAUGCAGCUGGCUGAUGAUUGGCUGGGAAUCCCGCAGGUGAUCGCUCCUGAAGAGAUCAUUGAUCCGAGUGUGGAUGAGCAGUCGGUCAUGACGUAUCUGUCUCAGUUCCCCAAGGCCAAACUCAAACCUGGAGCUCCACUCAAACCCAAACUCAACCCUAAGAAGGCCAGAGCUUACGGCCCAGGUAUUGAACCUGUUGGUAACAGAGUGAUGAGACCAGCCGUGUUCACGGUGGACACCUUCAGUGCAGGACAGGGACAGGUCACCGUCUACAUCGAGGACCCUGAGGGCAGAAGAGAGGAGGUGAAGGCUGUACCCAACGAGGGCAAGAAGACCUUCAGCGUGACGUACAUCCCUCAGGUCAUGGGACCUCACAAGGUGACUGUACUGUUCGCUGGUCAGCAAAUUCCAAAGAGCCCCUUCGAGGUGAAUGUAGAUAAGGCUCAGGGAGACGCCAGCAAGGUCACUGCCAAAGGCCCAGGCCUGGAGCCACUGGGCAACAUUGCUAACAAACCCACCUACUUUGACAUCUAUACAGCAGGCGCUGGUGUCGGUGAGGUGACCGCAGUGAUUAAGGACCCGCAGGGUAAUAAAAACACAGUGGAAGCUCUGAUGGAGGACAAGGGCGACAGCGUCUUCCGCUGCACCUACAGACCAGUUCAGGCCGGUCCUCACUCCGUCAACAUCACGUUCGGAGGAAUCGCCAUCCCUAAGAGCCCCUACACUGUUACUGUCGGCCCAGCGUCAUCUCCCGGAGCUUGCAGAGCUACAGGACGAGGCCUGCAGCCCAGAGGAGUGCGCGUCCGUCAAGUAGCCGACUUCAGUGUGGACACUCGAAGUGCUGGAAGCGGCGAACUAAAGGUCACAGUCAAGGGUCCCAAAGGUCUUGAGGAGCCUGUUAAACUGACUGAAGCGAUGGAUGGAACGUAUGCCUACGAGUAUUACCCCAACACACAGGGCAAAUACACGGUCACCAUCACGUGGGGUGGCCAGCACAUUCCCAAGAGUCCCUUUGAAGUUGUGGUUGGCCCUGAAGCAGGAGCUCAGAAGAUCCGAGCGUGGGGUCCUGGUUUGGAGGGUGGAAUUGUGGGCAGGUCCGCUGAUUUUGUGGCGGAGUCUAUUGGCUCAGAUGUGGGAGUGCUCGGCUUUGCUAUCGAGGGCCCGUCUCAGGCCCGGAUCGAGUGUGAGGAUCAGAAUGACGGGUCCUGCGAUGUGAAGUACUGGCCCACGGAGCCUGGAGAGUACGCCGUCCAUGUGAUGUGUGAUGAUGAAGACAUAGAAGACAGUCCCUUCAUGGCUUAUAUUGUACCUGAUGAUAAAUCCAGUGACCCCAGCCAGGUUAAAGCCUAUGGACCAGGUUUGGAGAAGAGCGGCUGCAUCAUCAAUAAGCCAGCUGAGUUUACAGUAGAAGCCAAGAAUGCAGGAAAAGGUCCCCUGAAAAUCAUUGCACAGAACGCCGAUGGCGAGCCCAUAGAAGUGAAGAUGAGAAAUAAAGGAGACCACGUCUACUCCUGCACCUACACCCCCACCUCAGCCCUCAAACACACGGUGGCGGUGACCUGGGGAGGGGUCAGCGUACCCAACAGCCCCUUCAGGGUGAACGUUGGGAAAGGAAGUCACCCUCACAAGGUGAAGGUGUUCGGCCCUGGAGUGGAGAGGACCGGCCUGAAGGCUCACGAGCCCACACACUUCACUGUGGAUUGCACAGAAGCUGGAGAAGGUGAUGUCAGUGUUGGAAUCAAGUGUGACGCCAAUAUCAUCAGCGAUAAGGAAGAGGACGUCGACUUUGACAUCAUUCCGAAUGCGAACGACACGAUUACAGUCAAAUACAUCCCACCAGGGGCCGGACGCCUCACCAUCAAAGUCCUCUUCACCGAUCAGGAAAUUCCUGUCAGUCCAUUCCGUGUUAAAGUGGAACCUUCCCACGAUGCAUCCAAAGUCAAGGCAGAUGGACCAGGCCUCGCUAGAGCAGGUGUGGAGAGCGGAAAGCCCACUCACUUCACCGUUCACACCAAAGGAGCCGGGAAAGCUCCGCUGGACGUGCAGUUCUCCGGCCCAAUCAAAGGAGAGCCUGUCCAAGACUUUGAAAUCAUCGACAACUACGACUAUUCCUACACCGUCAAAUACACACCGGUUCAACAGGGGGAAAUGGUGAUAAAUGUGACGUUUGGAGGCGACCCGAUCUCAAAGAGCCCCUUCGCCGUGGGUGUGGCAGCCCCUCUGGACCUCAGCAAGAUCCAGGUCAACGGGCUGGAAAGCAGAGUGGAGGUCGGCCAGGAUCAGGAGUUUGCGGUCUCCACGAAGGGAGCAGGAGGCCAGGGGAAGCUGGAAGCUCGCAUCACCAGCCCGUCCGGCAAAUCUGUGCCGUGUGCGGUGGAACCCCAGCCUGGUAAAGGAGCCAGCCUGGUGAAGUACAUCCCUAAAGAGGAGGGCGUCUACACUGUGGAAAUCCUUUACGAGGGAAAUCCAGUGCCAGGGAGCCCUUUCCCGGUGGACGCUAUGCUGCCGCCUGAUCCAAGCAAGGUGAAAGCUUUUGGUCCAGGACUAAAAGGAGGUUUGGUUGGGAAUCCCGCCGAAUUCACCAUCGACACCAAGGGUGCCGGUACUGGAGGGCUUGGCCUGACCGUAGAGGGUCCAACUGAAGCCAAAAUCGAGUGUUCAGACAACGGUGACGGCACCUGCUCCGUGUCCUACCUCCCGACCGAGCCCGGAGAAUACCUGGUCAACAUCCUCUUCGAGGACGUCCACGUCCCCGGCUCGCCUUUCCACGCAGACAUCCAGUACCCCUUCGACCCCACCAAGGUGGUGGCCUCGGGUUCAGGCCUGAAGCGCGGUAAGGUGGGGGAGAUCAGCGUGGUGAACGUGGACUGCGCUAAAGCUGGACCUGGACAGUUGACUCUGGAAGCGAUGUCCGACGCCGGCUCCAAGGCCAAGACUGAAGUGCUGGACAACAAGGACGGCACGUAUACGGUCACGUACGUCCCGCUGACCGCUGGCAUGUACACCCUGCUGCUGAAAUACGGAGGACAGGCCGUUCCCAACUUCCCCGCCAAGGUGGUGGUGGAUCCGGCCGUGGAUACGAGCAAGGUGAAGGUGUUUGGACCGGGAGUGGCUGGAGAAGGACUUUUCAGGGAGGCCACCACUGACUUCACUGUGGACGCUCGGGCUUUGACCAAAGUGGGAGGGAAGCACAUUAAGGCUCAAGUUAAGAAUCCAUCAGGCGCUGCCACGGACUGCGUCAUCGCCGACCAGGGGGAUGGAACCUACAAAGUGGAGUACACACCCUUCGAGAACGGUGUUCAUGCUGUGGAGGUGCUGUAUGAUGACACUCCUGUUCCUAAGAGUCCGUUUCAGGUUGGAGUGGGCGAGGGCUGUGAUCCUGCUCGAGUUGUAGCUAAAGGUCCUGGGCUGGAGGAAGGUCUAACUGACAAAGCUAACAAGUUCUCAAUCAUCACCAGAGGAGCUGGUAUAGGUGGGCUGGGAAUCACAGUUGAGGGACCAUCCGAGUCAAAGAUGUCCUGCAAAGACAACAAAGAUGGCAGCUGUAACGUAGAGUACACGCCCUACGCUCCCGGACUUUACGAUGUGAACAUCACGUACGGAGGACAGCACAUUCAGGGAAGCCCGUUUAAAGUGCCAGUGAAGGAUGUCGUGGACGCCAGUAAAGUGAAGCUCUCUGGUCCUGGAGUGGGUUCAGGGGUUCGAGCUAAAAUCCCUCAGUCCUUCACUGUGGACUGCAGCAAAGCUGGCGUAGCUCCACUCGCUGUGGCCGUAACCGGACCUAAAGGUGUGGCCGAGCCGGUUGAUGUAAUAGAUAACGGAGACGGGACUCACACCGUGGCGUACACUCCCUCAGUGGAAGGUCCGUACUCUGUGGUGGUGAAGUACGCUGAUGAGGAGGUUCCCCGCAGCCCCUUUAAGCUGCGUGUUCUGCCCACUCACGAUGCCAGUAAGGUUCGUGCUAGUGGUCCGGGUUUGACCACAGGUCUCCCCGCCAGCCUGCCUGUAGAGUUCACCAUCGACGCCAAGGAUGCAGGAGAGGGCCAACUGUCAGUGCAGAUCACGGACCAGGACGGCAAACUGAAGACGGCCAACAUCUCAGACAACCAGGACGGCACUUACAAGGUUUCCUACGUGCCUGAUAAGGUGGGGCGCUACACCAUAGUGAUCAAGUAUGGUGGCGACGAGAUCCCGACGUCUCCUUACAGAGUGAGAGCGACGACCAGCGGAGACGCCAGCAAGUGUACGGUCACCGGACCUGGCAUCGGGCCUACCAUCGGCAUUGGUGAGGAGGUGGGCUUUGUGGUGAACACUAAAGGAGCAGGGAAAGGAAAGGUCUCGUGUGUCGUGGUCACUCCCGACGGGACUGAAGUGGAGGCCGACGUCAUCGAGAACGAGGACGGGACCUUCGACAUCUUCUACACUGCACCAAAGCCCGGCACUUACGUCAUCUAUGUUCGCUUCGGAGGAGAGAACAUCCCCAAGAGCCCCUUCAAAGUCAUGGCUACUGAUGAGGCUCCUCUAUUAGAGCAGCAGGCAGUUCAACAGCAGCAGCAGCAGCAGCCACUGAGCCAAGCUGCUCCAGGAGCCGGCUUCCAGCCCUGGGUCACAGAUGGAGCGUAUAUUCCAGUAAACAGUAUGAACGGCACUGGUUUCCGGCCGUUUGACAUGGUGAUUCCGUUUGCCUUCAGAAAGGGUGAAAUCACAGGUGAAGUUCACAUGCCCUCAGGAAAAACAACCCAGCCUGAGAUCAUUGACAAUAAAGAUGGGACGGUCAUGGUGAAAUACGCCCCUACAGAAGCAGGGCUUCACGAGAUGCACAUCAAAUACAACGGCUCCCACAUUCCAGAGAGUCCUCUGCAGUUCUACGUCAACAACGCCAACAGCCCCAACGUGACGGCCUACGGGCCAGGCCUCGUGUACGGCGUCGCCAACAAACCGGCUACCUUCACCAUCUACACCGAGGACGCCGCAGAAGGUGGUCUCGACUUGGCCAUUGAAGGCCCCUCAAAGGCGGAGAUCACUUGCAUUGACAACAAGGAUGGCACCUGUACCGUCACGUACCUGCCGACGCUGCCAGGAGAUUACAACAUCCUGGUUCGUUACAAUGAAAAACACAUAGCUGGCAGCCCCUUCACUGCUCGCAUCACAGAGGAUAAUAAGAGGAGGUCUCAGGUGAAGCUGGGCUCUGCUGCAGACUUCGCGUUGGACAUCACUGAAACAGACCUCAGUUUACUCACAGCCAGCAUUAAAGCUCCAUCAGGCCGAGACGAGCCCUGUCUGCUCAAACGCCAGCCCAACAACCGCAUCGGUAUUUCUUUUAUUCCUCGUGAAGUUGGAGAGCACCUGGUCAGCAUUAAGAAGAACGGGAGGCAUGUGGCCAACAGCCCCAUCACCAUCAUGGUGGUGCAGUCUGAGAUCGGAGACGCCGGCAGGGUGCAGGUGUUCGGGCAGGGGCUGGUGGAGGGACGCACGUUUGAGAUGUCCGACUUUGUGGUGGACACGCGAGACGCUGGUUAUGGAGGAUUGGCUCUGUCUAUCGAGGGACCGAGCAAAGUGGACAUUCAGACCGAGGACAUGGAUGAUGGGACCUGUGGUGUCUCCUACUGUCCCACCGAGCCUGGAACCUACAUAGUGUCCAUCAGGUUUGCUGAGGAUCAUGUCCCUGGAAGUCCGUUCAGUGUGAAGGUAACAGGAGAAGGACGCAUCCGUGAGAGCAUCUCCCGUCGGCAGAAGGCCGCCUCUGUAGCCUCAGUUGGAAGCGUUUGUGACCUUAACCUGAAGAUUCCAGAGAUCGAUGCUCUCGACAUGUCGGCUCAGGUCACCAGUCCUUCAGGCAGCGUGGAGCCUGCUGAGAUCGUGGAGGUGGGCAACCACACGUACUGCGUGCGCUUCGUACCUCACGAGAUGGGCGUGCACACUGUGAACGUGAAGUACCGCGGGCAGCACGUACCUGGAAGCCCCUUCCAGUUCACAGUGGGGCCACUUGGAGAGGGAGGAGCCAAUAAAGUGAAAGCAGGAGGCCCUGGAUUGGAGAGAGCAGAGAUCGGUGUCCCAGCUGAGUUCAGUAUCUGGACGCGUGAGGCCGGAGCUGGAGGUCUGUCCAUCGCUGUGGAGGGUCCCAGCCGUGCAGAGAUCUCGUUUGAGGACAGGAAGGAUGGAUCCUGUGGUGUUUCCUAUGUGGCUAAUGAACCUGGUGAUUACGAGGUGUCCGUGAAGUUUAACGAAGAGCACAUCCCAGAAAGCCCUUACCUGGUGCCCGUGAUGGCACCUUCAGACGAUGCGCGCCGCCUUACUGUUACCAGUCUUCAGGAGUCAGGUCUCAAGGUGAACCAGCCCACCUCGUUUGCCGUGCGACUGAAUGGUGCUCAGGGCGCCAUCGAUGCUAAAGUGCACAGUCCUUCUGGAGCUCUGGAGGAGUGUGUGGUGUCAGAACUGGAACAAGACAAAUAUGCUAUUCGCUUUAUCCCCCGAGAGAACGGCAUCCACACCAUCGACGUGAAGUUUAACGGCACGCACAUUCCUGGCAGUCCGUUCGAGGUGAGAGUGGGAGAACCUGGUCAGGGGGGAGACGCCGGAUUGGUCACCGCUUACGGCUCGGGUCUGGAGAGAGGAACCACAGGCAACCAGGCUGAUUUCAUCAUUAACACUACGAAAGCAGGACCAGGAUCUCUGGCUGUGACCAUUGAAGGGCCCUCGAAGGUGAAGAUGGAGUGUCAGGAGUGCUCAGAAGGCUUCAAAGUUCAAUACACACCAAUGGCCCCUGGAAACUACCUAAUCAGCAUCAAAUACGGGGGACCCAAUCACAUCAAUGGAAGCCCUUUCAGAGCCAAAGUCAUGGGACCACGGCUUGUGAACGUGACCAACGCCAGCGAGUCGUCCACCCUGACGGUGGAUCCUGUGAUCAGGCCGAGCAGCGCAAACUCCUACAGCUCCCUCCGAGCUGCAUCCGACGCCAGCAAAGUGAGCAGCCGAGGCUCCGGCCUCAGCAAAGCCUACGUGGGCCAGAGGGCCAGCUUCUCUGUGGACUGCAGCAAAGCAGGGAAGAACAUGCUCCUGGUAGGAGUCCACGGACCUCAGACUCCUUGUGAGGAGAUCAUGGUGAAGCACAUGGGCAGCCUGCAGUAUAACGUCAGCUACGUCCUGAAGGAGCGGGGCAGCUACCUGCUAGCUGUGAAGUGGGGGGAAGAUCAUAUCCCAGGCUCGCCCUUCCACGUCACUGUCCCAUAAAUCUGAGAGACUGAAUCAUUCUAAACAGCCAAAUAAAUCAUGCUAAUAUUUAGUUAAGCCCAAUAUUGAGGAUGAAGACAAAUUUUGCACUUGAUUGUAUUUUUAUACGCGGGAUUGGCUGUUGUGUUUAAAUUGCGUAUAUUACUUUAUAUAUUUGUAAUUUUCCCCUAUAAUAUACCAUAUAUGACUAGUUUGAGGAGCUUAAUGGACGCAAAAUCUAUUGAGAAAGUGUAGCUUUUAGGCGGGAAGGUUAAAGAUGUCUGUCUUUUAAAAAUAUCCUUUACUACUACUGAUGCUACUUUUGCUACUCUGUUUAUUUGAAUAAUGUGUUUUCAUCCAGUUGUAAUGCACACUAUAGUGAUAUUUCCAUUGCUGUUGUUGUUUUAUUGUAUUUUUUUUUUUUCUAAACUGCUGCAUAUAUCGGACUACUGUGAUGUUUACAUGCUCGUAAAACAAAUCAGGCUCCCACAGUAGCAAGAAGAAAAGCCAAUGACAUGCUGACCUUUAUCCAUUGAAACACUUCAGAACUUCUGCUAUCGGCGUCUAAACUGAGAUUCAAGCAGCAGCAGCAGCGGCAGCAUGUCGUAGCUGAGCGUUUAAGAGAAUGGCAAAACCAACAGGGAAUUUGUGGCCUGGUUUUUUUCAUUAUUUACAUGAACAAAUACAAAAAAAAACACACUAAACUGCAGUCCACUGUAUGUAAAUGUUUUGUACAAUAUCAUUCUAUCGUUUCCUUUAGCAGAUUAAACUUUAAAAACUGAUAACCCAGACACUCCAGGCUGGAUUUCAGCCUGAAAAUCUGAAAUCUCCACACUUUUCAGCACUUACUGGCCAAUUUGAAUGGUAUUUUGUCAUGUGACUGGCCUUUAUGUUCAUGUUCGUGCUCAUUGGUUUUGAUAAAGUGAGUAUUUUGUUAAUGUUUUGGAUGCUGGACGGGUGGGGGCGGGGCUGGGGGUGGGGCGUUACUCGCAUUUUGUAUUAGCCCAGGGUGCCUUAAUGUGAAAUAUAGCCUUUUAGAAAUGAUGUACAUUUGAUAAUUAAAAUGGACUGGAAUAAAUAAAUAAAUAAAUGAAUAAAAAUAUGCAAUGUUA